UGCCAACCCCCUGAGAAAGUCUGCAGAAAUUGAAGAGCAGAGAAGCAUGAAGGGUACAUUUGAGCUGUUGGUCGAUGUAUGCUAGCUCUCAGUAUCUUACUGACUCCGAUACACAGCAUCUCCCUCUUCAGAGAGGAUUCGUUUUACUGCAUCUCCCACUCUCGCUUCCCCUCCUUUCUCUUCUCUGCCACUGCCCUUAUCACACUCUCUCCACUUGUUUACUACAACCUUUCUUCCUCUUCAGACCACGCUCUCAAUCUCACUCUCUUUUUCCAUCCUCCUCCAUCGUCUCUUUUUCUCCCUCUUCCACUCGUGUUCUCUGUUUAUACAGAGGAAUGCAGUAUGUGGCACGCUGUGGUUCUUUGGAUGUUGGUACUUGCGACUCUGCUCCGGGUGUCAGUGCAGGGUCCUCACCAGCGGUUUCUGCUCAGGGAGCUGCUGAGGGACUACAACCCCAUGGAGAGACCGGUGGCCAACGACUCCCAGAGUCUCACUGUUCAGUUCUCCUUUACUCUGAUGCAGGUCAUGGAUGUGGAUGAAAAGAGCCAGAUCCUCACCACGAAUGCCUGGCUGCAGAUGCAGUGGUACGAUCACUACCUCCAGUGGAACCAGUCAGAGUAUCCUGGAGUAAAGAACCUCCGUUUCACUCCUGACCAGGUCUGGACUCCUGACAUAUUGCUUUACAACAGUGCUCAUGAUAAGUUUGAUGCCACCUUUAAGACCAAUGUGUUGGUUAACUCCAGUGGCUUCUGUGAGUAUCUGCCUCCAGGAAUAUUUGUCAGCACAUGUAACGUGGAUGUACGGUGGUUUCCAUUCGACAUCCAGCGCUGUGAGCUGAAGUUUGGCUCCUGGACAUUUGAUGGCUGGCUGCUGGACAUCCAGAUGAAGGAGGCAGAUGUGUCAGGAUACAUGACCAACGGAGAGUGGGACCUGCUUGAGGUUCCUGGAGGUCGUCACGAAAUCUUCUAUGACUGCUGUGCAGAGCCCUACCCCGAUGUUACCUUUGUGGUGACCUUACGAAGGAGGACCUUGUUUUACGCUCUCAACCUCCUAAUGCCCUGUGUGCUCCUCUCCUCCAUGACCCUGGUGGUCUUCCUGCUCCCCGCCAACUCGGGGGAGAAGAUCAGCCUGGGCAUCACGGUUCUGCUUUCUCUGACGGUCUUCAUGUUGAUGGUUGCAGAGAUUAUGCCUGCUACUUCAGAUUCUGUACCCCUAAUAGGGCAGUACUUUGCCAGCACCAUGGUGAUUGUGGGGAUGUCUGUAGUGGCCACAGUCAUCGUGCUUCAGUUCCAUCACCACAGCCCCAACAGUGGAAACAUGCCACGCUGGGUGCACUUAGUUCUGUUGCAGUGGGUUCCUUGGUUCCUGCGGAUGAAGCGUCCAGGUGAGGGAGUGGAGCCACCACUUUCCAACUGCCAUGUAGACUCUCAGAGCAAGACCCUGUCCUCUCCUACCACCACCGCUACCACCACCACCAUCCCAACACCAGUGCCCCCCAUCCUCCCCCAGAACCUCAACUCUCUGCAGGCCUCCCUGGCUCAGCUCAACCACCCUUUGUCAAACCCUGCGCAUCAAAGGCCCAACUCUCAGACUGGUAUCCUCCCUAAUCCCAUCCACAGAGUUCUCAGCCCUAAUCCACAUCCACAGCCCAAUGGCCAUCUCCUUUACAUGGGCUUUCAGACCUUCCAGGCCACUGCAGAGCUGGAGUCAGUUCAGAGGAGCACAACCUCAAGUCACGGGAGGGUUAACAGUGGACUAGGCGGAGGCGAAGGAGAGGGAACAGCAGCUGGAGGGCAAGCUGGAGAUACACCUAUCCAUCACCACCUCCAUACUUCUAAGUUUGGGAGCCCCCCACUGGAAACUCUACUGUCCCCAGACCCUGACCCAUCAUUCUCAUCCUCCGGACCCUGCUGCCUAGAGGCUGGGGCCGGAGCAGGGAGAUUAGCUAUUAUACAUAAUCACAGCGGUAUGAUUCGAUCGAUGGCAGUAGACAACCAGCUGCAGGCUCUUCUGGUGGAGGUGCAGUUCUUAGUCGAGCGUGUUAAGGAGCAGGACCAGCAGCUCAGUUUGGCAGAGCAGUGGCAGUUUGCUGCAGCUGUCAUUGACCGUCUGUGCCUGGUGGGAUUCAGUGUUUUCAACAUUAUCUGUACAAUCGCUAUCCUCAUGGCUGCGCCCAACUUUGGGGAAGCUCUGUCAAAAGACUUCCUCUGACAGAGCAAAAACAGAGGGUUUUGAGAGAGUGGGAGAUGUUAAGGGAUAAUACGGAAAAUAAUUUGAUUUAAUUUCCUUUUCAGUAAGCUGGAGUGGACUGCGGCAUUUGUGGAGUGGACUAUCAUUCAGAAACGUUAUGGUGCAAUUCUUUUGCCAUUUUUCAUGACAUUUACUGUUCACCUAUUUCUUUUUCUAUGGAAGUUUGAUUGAUGUGUUUGUUUCUCCCAAAAGGCGUCUCUCCUGUCUUAAACUAGAAAGGCACUCCGAGAGCGCAGACCUUCGCCAAUGCUGUUUCCAUAAGUGAAGAAUAAUGCAUGUAUCGGCCCUGUGAUUCGGAUUUCCUCCAAAAUGUUCUUUCUUGGCUCAUGCUGCAACCUUCCACCAACUUUCAUGAGCCAAUAUUGUACUCCCACUGACAAACAGACAAACAAACCUCCUUGGCGGAGGUGAAAAGUGAAAGAAUCGUCUCAUUUUGGUGAAUUCUAUUUUCAACUAAUGGACUGUCAACUGAAACCUUCAUCAGAGCAUCAAAUGUUUCAUUGGAAUAUGGAUGGAGGUUUGGGAAUUUUCCUUUUUGACAGUUAAAUAUGAAGUUUUUUAGAAUAGUUUUGUGAAUGAGGAUCCUAAAGGAAAAUCACUGGAAGCAUGAUUUUAGAAAAUUUGUUAUAAAGUAUUUGUACAGCCAUCUUUAGAUGCCACAUGAAGAUGCUCAGCAAGGAAACUGGACACUGAUGUGCUGCAUGUAAACCUGCAUUUCCUGACAAUAUAGACCAGAGUCUCUGUGUGCUCUUUUGUUAGACGCUUCCCCAUUUAUACUGCAGUACAUACAUUGUGUUAGCACUGAUCAGUUUCUUUGCAGGAUUUUUUUUUUUUAUUCAUUCUUCUAAUAUAAUAGUUUGAAUUUCAAUUUUCAAAUACAUUAAAAGGUUUUCCCAAGGUUUCAUUUUCA